AUGGCCUGCACCAAAGUCUUGGAGCAGCCAGACCCCCCGCAUUCCCAGCCUGUCUCCACAGGAGUUGCCACCACCUAUGCCAAGAACCCUGCUGGAUGUCAACGAGGCUCGGUGGGGGGUGACCUGGAGUGCCUGGUGUGCCGGGAGCCCUACAGCUGCAUCCGGCCUCCCAAGCUGCUGGGCUGCCAGCAUGCCUUCUGUGCUGUCUGCCUGAAGCUCCUGCUGUGUGUGCAGGACAACACCUGGUCCAUCAUCUGCCCACUGUGCCGCAAGGUCACUGCCGUCCCUGGGGGCCUCAUCUGCAACCUCCGUGACCAGCACCUGAUGGGGGUGCAGCUGGCCCGCCCUGACCCCGAGGUGAGGCUCUGUCCUCAGGGCCUGGUAGAGCCUGCCACCUCAACAGCAGGGCACCUCAACUUGAUUGGAGAGGAUGGCCAGGACGCAAUGAGUGCCAACCGCAUGGCUGCCCGGCGCCUGGCAGCACAUCUGCUUCUACUGAUCCUACUCAUCAUCCUCAUCCUCCCCUUUGUCUACCCUGGUGUCAUCUGGUGGGUGCUGACCUUCAUCAUUGGCCUGGCCUUUCUGAUGGCCAUCAUCUUCUGCUGUCACCCCAGCAGCCAGGGCUGCUGCUGGCCCUGCUCCAGGACUAUCUUCUGCAGAGAGAGGAAACAGGGCCAGAUCUCUUCAGUAGCCUGA